GUUCAAAAAGACAAGUUGGUGAUCGAUCGGUGCACGUGAACGGCAACCAUCACCAGCCAGUGUCAGUUUCUCGACAAGCUCUGGUCUCUCGCUGUUCCUCGUUGUCUCUUCCAAGGUCUCUUCGUUGUUGUCUUCCACCUCUGUCUUUUAUUUCUUCGACUCCUCUGGUAGGGCCGCCUUCUCCCUCUGUUCUUCAGACAGCAGCUAGCCGCUCUCUUGUUUCCCUUUGCUCGAUCGACCGACCCUUUUAGUAUCUAUUGUCCCAUUCGCUGUCGUCUUCACCAUGCAACUACUCGCUUUCCUCGCUGUUUUCUCUGUCCUAUUCGCUGGCAAAGUGCUAGCUCUCAGCAUCACCUUCCCCGGAGGGUCGCUCUCCAACCUCCCUCCCAGCCAGUUCUUCAACUUCAACGAUCCAGAUGUCAUGAAUACCUGCCAGAAAGAUUGUGCCCCCGCCAUCGAUGCUAUCAGGAACUGCGGUGACACCGACGACGCCUGUCUAUGCUCCUCCAACGCCACCAUUCCUGCUAUCACGUCCUGCCACCAAUGUGUAUUUGGGGACUUGAUCCACAAACGCAAGUUGGCGAGUGACCCUAGGGAGGACUCAACACCCGCUUUGACUGCCUACCAAACCUCUUGCCUCUCUUCACCCAUCAACGGCACCCUCCUAGAUGCCUCGCGUCCCGCACCAGACACUUUCAAGUCCUACAAAGCCCUCUUCGCCAUCACCGUUCCCCCCGACUGGGACGGUCCAUUUGGUCAAGGUUUGAGCAUGGCUGCUACUGUCAUAACAGUGAUUGCAGGCGCUGGCUUGGGUGCCGGGAUGAUUGGGGUCUUGAUCAGUAUGUGAACGUGUGCGUGGCAUGGGGAGCGCGUUUGUUGAGUUGGUUGAAGACGAGGUGAUUUGAUCCGCAGUAUGUGGGCCGGAUGGACGGAUGGAUGGACGGAGGAGAUGGGAACUUCUUUGGGAAGUGUAUGAAUAGGUUUGGGGAUGGACGGGUAUAUAGCGGUAUUGGUCGUUCGUUGCAAUCGUGUUGUAUGCAGGUCAUCAUCUUAUUGGUAUAUAUUGGCUUGUACUCGUUCUUUGACAUUGAGUGUGAGCUUUCCAAUUGUAAGGCAUUGCUGCGACGGAUUGUUGAAUGUGAUCUC